GCGAGAGCGCAGCGGCAAAUCACACGACAAAACCGAACCAAAAUCGAGAAACUACUUGGAGCCAAGCUGAGACGCGAGGAAUGGAGGGAGCAGUAGACGGAAGGUGGACGCGCGUCCGCACGCUCGGUCGCGGUGCGUCCGGCGCCGUGGUGUCCCUCGCCGUCGAUGACAGCUCGGGCGCGCUCUUCGCGGUCAAGUCGGCGGCGGCGGCGAAGGUGGCGGAGCAGCUCGUGCGCGAGGGGCGCAUACUGUCCGGGCUGCGCUCGCCGCACGUCCUCCCCUGCCUUGGCUUCCUCGCCGAUGCGGGUGGCGAGUGCCAGCUGUUCCUCGAGUUCGCGCCCGGCGGCUCGCUCGCCGACGUGGUGGCGAGGAGUGGGGGGCGGCUCGACGAGCGCGCCAUCCGCGCGUACGCGGCGGACGUGGCGAGCGGCCUGGCUUACCUCCACGGGAUGUCGCUCGUGCACGGGGAUGUCAAGGGGAGGAACGUCGUGGUCGGCGCCGACGACCGGGCCAAGAUAGCGGAUUUUGGGUGCGCCAGGACGGUGGGCUCCAGCCAGCCAAUCGGCGGCACGCCGGCGUUCAUGGCGCCAGAGGUGGCGCGUGGGGAGGAGCAAGGGCCAGCGGCUGAUGUCUGGGCGCUGGGCUGCACCGUCAUCGAGAUGGCCACCGGCCGCGCCCCGUGGAGCUACAUGGAAGACAUCCUCUCGGUUGUGCACCGGAUUGGCUACACGGACGCCGUGCCGGAGGUGCCCGGGUGGCUGUCCGUGGAGGCGAAGGACUUCUUGGCCCGGUGCUUCGCAAGAAACCCACGCGAGCGGUGGACGGCGUCGCAGCUCCUGGAGCACCCGUUCCUGGCAUCAGCCGGCUCCAGCGUGAAGGCAGGGGAGGCGGCGCCCCAAUGGGCGUCGCCCAAGAGCACGCUGGAUGCGGCGUUCUGGGAGUCGGACACGGACGACGAGGAAGACGACAUGUCAGAGAGCCCCGCGGAGAGGAUCAGAGCAUUGGCUUGUCCCUGCUCAGCCUUGCCGGAUUGGGACUCCGACGAGGGCUGGAUCGAAGUGCUCAACGAGCCAUGCGAACCUUGCGACAUGUCAGUGCCCAAGGAUGCGGCCGAAGAGAAGGGGUGCGUUCUCACGGAAGUGUUCUCCGGUGUUGAUGCAGAUUGUGCUGAUCCUGAGUUCACUGUACGAUUGAUUACUGUUGCUUGCAUUGGGCAGCAAGAAGUGUUCUGCCUGGGUUUCACUAAUGGCCCACUUGUAUUUCCUAUUAAUAAAAGUGAAUUAACAAAGUCUUUGUUUCGCACAAAUUGCCUUCUCGUUCUUGCUUCUACUCAUUUUCUUCCACUAGUAUAUGAUUAUCCGAUUUGCACUAAUCUGACGAAAUUAGCAACCGCUGAACCGGUGUGCAAUAUACGAUUAUUCCAGAAACAUUGUUCUAGACCCCCUCAAAAGAAAUGCAAGAAUCUGUUCAGGAAUGACCGGCAGUAUAUCCGCUCAUGCCUCAUGGGGCCAUGCUAA